AUGACGCCCCAGAUCUUACAUCUGCCGGAUGGCAAGAAAUUCACCGUCACGCCUGUAUUCGGGGGCAUGGGCUUCCGCAGCCACGACCACAAUAACCUCCUCCAUCCAUAUCCGAUAGGAUGGAUGACGGUGCUACACACAGAAGAAGACAAGGUCGAAUUCGAAGGCCACAACAACGAUGCGCACAAACAACCCGCCAAAGAUGUCCCACCGACGGACCAGGAUGAAAAUGUGCAUCCACGAACGAAGCGGCGCACCAAGCCAUUCACCACGCCUACACUGCAGAAUGACACGCUCUUCAUAUCAUCGAUUUCUCUGCCGUCGAACGCUGAAUUCAAACCCGCGGUUAGUCCUACGAGGGAAAUCGCCAUGAUGCUCUGGAUCACGCUGUAUUGGUACUUUCACCAGCCGCCGCCGCAGAAUGAGGUGCAGACGGCUGCGUCCAAGGGCACUCCUGCUGGUGCGAAACCCAUUGGCGAGUGGAAGAUACGGAUCAGGAGGGAUGGUGUGCUUCGGGGGAGGAACCUGAUCCCCAAGCUGGAGAGGAUGGGGCUGAUUGCUUCUGAGGACACGGCUGUGGGAACAAGCGUAGAUGACAGUGGUGAAGGAUGGACCAACAUGUUUGUUACGAAGCGCAUGUUUUGGCAGAUCCCGGGACACUUGUUCCUAUUCACGCUGCAUCCUGUGCGAAAUCCGUCCGCGCCCGGAUCUCCCGCCAGCAGUCGUCCCGGAUCGCCCAUCAAGGAGGACUGCGGCCGCCUGGAACUGCGUCAAAUCUACUCACACACGCCGAAUUUAACCCCCAGCGGAACACUAACACCCAGCGGUGGACAGUUGGCCGCAGAUGUCCCUGGAGCUCCUAUGCCAACGAGUGUGGUUGCAGCGCCGAAUUUUCCCAUCGGCCCCUACUUCUCCUCCUCUCACCUACCGACGUAUUAUCCGCCGCCGCCCCUACAAUACAUUUACACGAAUGGUGUUCGACACCCCCUGCGGCCAAAACCACCUAGAAUGGGAGAAGUAUUCUACACUCGCUUCAUCGAAAGUAUGCAGCAGUACCUGUCGUUCCGCGUGGCAUCCUGCUCCAACUCACCGGUUCCCUACCUCGGGCCACAGGGCCCUAAUCCCCCUGAGCAGAGUCAACUAUCGUCUGUGUGUGACAGGGACCUCCUGCAGUCGUGGUUUGAGAACCCGCGCGUGAAGGAAUUCUGGGGCGACUACACAUCUGAUUUCCUGGAGACGGCGCUGUGCUCAAAGCACUCGUUUCCUGUGAUUGGUCUGUGGGAUGGCAUUCCUUUUGGCUAUUUCGAGCUAUAUUGGGUGAAGGAGGAUAUACUGGGCCGGCACGUCGGCAGCGAGGCUGAAGAUUGGGAUAGGGGCGUUCACAUCAUGAUUGGGGAGGAGUGGUCGAGGGGGAGAGUGGCGCUCUGGCUGUCGAGCUUGGUGCAUUACUGCUUCACGGGGGAUUUGAGAACAAUGAAUGUGUGUUUGGAGCCGAGGGUCGACAACAAGAGGGUCCUACGACAUCUAGACGCAGCUGGAUUUUCGAAAGAGAAACAAGUUUCUUUCCCUCACAAGCAAGCCUGGUUUGUGAAGUUGCGACGAGAGUUCUGGGAAGGGCCAGCAUUAUAG